AUUACAAAUUUUUAAAAGCCACUAAACAAAAGAUGAUAAUAUCAGAAAAUUUUGAUAAUAACCCUCUGCAUUCUAACAUUUAUCUUGCAUAGGCUUAUCAGUUUUACAUUUAUUUCGCAUGCAUUUUCUCAUUUUACAUAAAAAACUUGCUCAUUCUGCUAGUUUGAGCACGAUUUCUGUCCGCUCACUGUUAGAGUGCGGUGAAAUACGCUUUCAGAUUUGUGUGUUGAAAUACGCUUUCAUAACACGAGCCAGCGGACCAAUUUGAUAAUCGGCACAUCCUGGUGCUUCUCGUUAUUAUAAGUUCUCUGACGGUGACAAUUGCAUUUCAUCUUUGGCUUUUGAUAGACAGUAGAAGAAAAAAUUGUUGUCUAAACAUUUUCGCAUAAUUUUCCGGCGUGCGCUGAAAACCGGUACAAAUAAAAUAUUUGUACAGAGCCUCCGUAAAACCAGAGGAUACGUAACGAUUAGUACCGUUGUGGACCAGCAGCAACAGCAAAGUAUUGUCGAAAAAACCAAACCGGAGCAGCAGCAGCAGGCAGGAGAAGCAAUGGCAUCAAACAAUGAUAGUGGUAUCGUUGAAGCUACUUUUCCAACCAUUUCAUUGGUGCCUAAAUCAGAAACUGGUGUAUUGAAUUUCUUGCAAAAGUAUCCCGACUACGAUGGGCGUGACACGGUGAUCGCCAUUUUCGAUUCAGGUGUAGAUCCGCGUGCUUCAGGAUUGGAGACAAUCUGUGAUGGUAAAACUGUGAAGGUGAUCGAGCGUUAUGACUGCACGGGUUGUGGUGACGUGGAUGUUUCGAAAAAAGUCAAAGCUACUGAAAAAGGUUUCAUCACUGGAUUGUCGGGUCGUCAAUUGAAAUUGACACCCGAAAUGACUGCUUCCAACACUGCCAACGGCGAGUAUCGUAUAGGUUUGAAAACUUUGCACGACUUGUGCCCAUCGAAGGUGCGGGAAAACAUAAUCAAUUAUAACAAAACAAAAUAUUGGGAUGGUCCGAAUAAAACUGCAAUAGCCGGAGUAACGCGUAAAAUCGUUGAAUUUGAGUCGCAGAAUACAGAUUUAACAAAGUUACCAUGGGAUAAGAAAUUGUUGAAAGAAGAUCUAGAUUACACAUUGGAUAUGUUAAACAGUUAUGAUAAAAUGUAUAAGGAGUUCAAAACAUCAUAUGAUUGCAUUUUGUAUCAAACUUCAAGCGGUUGGCGUGCGGUUGUGGAUACCACGGAAAAGGGUGAUUUGGAACAAGCUGUGCAUAUUGGCGAGUAUUCGAAAACACGUGAAAUUAAAAAUGUAGACGAUUUCUUUUCAAUCUCAAUCAAUGUACAUGACAAUGGUGAUGUACUCGAAAUUGUGGGCAUGUGUUCUUCUCAUGGCACACAUGUCGCUUCGAUUGCCAGUGGGAAUCAUGCAUCUAAAGAUGUUGAUGGUGUUGCGCCGAAUGCACGUAUUGUUUCGCUUACCAUUGGCGAUGGUCGCUUGGGCUCAAUGGAGACGGGUACCGCGUUGGUGCGUGCUAUGAUGAAAGUUAUGGAAUUAUGUCGCAACGGUACAAAAAUCGAUGUAAUCAAUAUGAGUUAUGGCGAACAUGCUCACUGGUCGAACACUGGAAAUGAAUGUGAAAAUCCUUUGGUUGUUGAUAAGAAACGGAAAAGGAAACGAAAAGCCUAUAUGAGUCGCAUUGGCGAAUUGAUGAGCGAAGUUGUGAACAAAUAUGGUGUUGUAUGGGUGGCAUCAGCUGGCAAUCAUGGUCCUGCUUUGGCUACUGUUGGCACGCCACCAGAUAUUGCACAACCCAGCUGUAUUGGUGUCGGCGCUUAUGUCUCACCCCAAAUGAUGGAGGCCGAAUAUGUAAUGCGUGAAAAACUGCCUGGCAAUGUUUAUACUUGGUCAUCACGCGACCCAUGCAUUGAUGGCGGUCAAGGUGUAACGGUGUGUGCCCCAGGUGGCGCCAUCACUUCCGUGCCACAAUUCACGAUGAGCAAAUCCCAAUUGAUGAACGGCACCAGCAUGGCUGCACCACAUGUUGCAGGCGCAAUUUCUCUUUUGAUUUCCGCACUCAAGCAAAAAGGCAUUAAAUAUUCACCUUACAGUAUUAAACGCGCACUGACUAAUACUGCGACCAAAUUGAGUUAUGUCGAUCCAUUUGCACAGGGCAGUGGCUUGUUGAAUGUCGAAAAGGCAUUCGAGUAUUUGACGCAGCACGAGAAUGCGCCUGAAAAUAUGCUGCGAUUCUCAGUACGUUGUGGCGCGCAAGCGGCCAAAGGUAUACAUAUACGCCAAGGUAUACUGAAGAAGCCAAUGGAAUUUGAUGUGACCAUCGAGCCGAUUUUCUUUAAUGAACUGGAAACUGAACCGCAUCAAAAAUUCAAUUUCAAUGUUCGCUUAAAUUUAAUAUCUUCCAAACCGUUUGUGCAAUGUGGCUCCUUCCUUGAUUUGAGUUAUUCCGCACGUUCGUUGUGUGUGAAGGUUGAUCCUACUGGUCUGGAGCCAGGAGUGCAUACGGCACUUAUUUCCGCUUAUGACACCAACUGCGUUCAAAAAGGCUCACUUUUCGAAAUACCCGUCACUGUCGUCCAACCGCAUGUUCUCGAUAGCAAUGAAUCUUUGACUUUCGAAUGCAAGUCAACCAGAAAUGAUGGCAGCAUUGAAUUCCAACCGAAUACCAUACAAAGAGAUUUCAUUUUAGUACCAAGUCGUGCUACAUGGGCCGUGCUCCGAAUGCGUUCUACUGAUAAAAAUCGUGAGAAUGGUAUUGGCAAAUUUUUCAUUCACACAAUGCAACUGCUGCCCAAACUAUACUGUCGCGUAAUGGAGAAUAUGAAAAUUUUGGGUGUGAAUUCUGAAAAUGAGGCCACUCUGCAUUUCUUGUGUGAGGGUGACAUCAUACUUGAGCUCUGCAUAGCCAAGUAUUGGUCCAAUUAUGGCACAACUCAUAUCAAAUAUAGUCUGGAAUUUCACGGUAUACAAGCCAUCAAUACCAAUCCAUAUAUGAUGCAGGCGGCACGUGGCAUUCAUAAACUCGACUUUGUCGCUUUGAAAAGCGAAGAUCUACAACCACAAAUUCAGCUGAAAACUGCCGCUGUAGUGUUGCGUCCGACUGAGGCGAAAAUUACGCCACUCAGUGCCACGCGUGACGUCAUACCCGAUGGUCGGCAAAUCUAUCAAAUUCUCUUCACAUACACACUCCAAGUACCCAAGUUACAGGAGGUCGCGGUCUACGCACCGCUUUUCAACUCACUGCUAUACGAGUCCGAAUUCGAAUCGCAACUUUGGAUGAUGUUCGAUUCGAAUAAAGCGAUGGCCUGUUGCGGUGAUGCACAUUCACACAAAGUCUUCAACAAAUUGGAUAAGGGUGAAUAUACGAUUAAGUUGCAAGUGCGACAUGAAAAGCGUGAUUUACUGGAAAAAUUGUCUGAAACCAAUAUGAUUGCGCUUUUCAAGUUGGCGAAUACCAUCAGCAUGGAGUUCUAUGAUCAUUAUAACAGUUGUUUGACCGGCAAGCGUAAGUUUACCACUUGCGUUGUGAAGAGUACACCAGCCAAGGUGCUCUAUGUACCGCCAUUGCCGCAAGAGAAAUUAACCAAAGCCAAUUUACCAGCGAACUGCUCAUGGCUAAAUGGUACAAUAGCCCUGUCCAAGGAUGAUGCGGUGCGUCGUGUUGAUUCAUAUGACUUUACCUACUUUUUAAUAACGGCCGAAAAGAAGAAUGGCAACGGCGGCUCUGCCGGUAAUUCAGGUACUGGCAGUGGGGCAGCAAAUUCGUCCAAGUCAAAGACAAAUUUAACUGCUAACAAUGGUGUAUCAGCAGCCAUCAAUACGCUAAGCGCAUUAAAUACUGCGACUGGCGAUACUGCAGCGGCUUCGGGUGAUGGCGCGGCAACGGUGGGCGUUAGUACGACUGCAAAUGGCGGCAGCUCGUCGCCUAAGAAGAAAAUCAGCACUGAUGAGUAUGCGGAGGGAUUGCGCGACUUCCAAUGCAUGAUGAUUUCUAAGUGUGAGGUCAGCGUAGCCGAAGACAUUUACGAAAAAGUGAUCGCAGCGCAUCCCAAACAUUCUGUAGCACAUAUCCUACUCAUGCAAAAUAUAGAAUCCAAUGAGUAUAAACAACUGCUGCCAUUCACCUUCGCCAAAAUGGUAAAUGCAAAUGUGGACGAAGAGAGUCACAAGGAGGAGCUCGCCAGAAUUCGCAAGGCGCUAGAGCGUGUGGCGCAAUUGGGCGGUAAUGUCAUAAACGACAUGAAGGAUGAAUAUGAUGAGUUGCUGGCCUAUUAUGGGCUCAAGAGUGAUACCCGUCCAGAUGCCGCGAAAAUUAAGACUACUAUGGAUAAGAAGAAGACAAAUUUGUUGGAGGCGCUAACAAGAAGAGGCAUUGCCAAAAUUAAAAUCAGCAUUAUCGAUGGCAAUAUGAAGGAACGCUUGGAUGAGUUCAGGGAUAUUUAUGUUGAAGUUAUUAAAUUGUCUGACCCCUUAGAUGCUAAGCUCUUAUUAUUAUCCCUCUGGCAUGCUUAUGCGAAUGCACAUUAUGGUCGCAUGCAUAAAAUCCUGCAAAAAAUGUACGAAGAAAAGCGUCACCGCGAAUUACAAGAAGAAUUCUAUUUGGUCGCUGGCGCUCUGGAAUAUGGACAUCUGCAGACAGUCGUCCAACGUAAUACGGUAACCUCAUAUCCGAAUAGCUUCCGUGUAUUUUAAUGAGUGAAAUGCGAAAAUCAUAUGAACGUACAUAUAUAGACAAAAAAAAAGUAAAAAAAAAUGCCACUAGAGUGGGUCGUAAGUAACCUGCUCUAAACAGACAGACGCGUGCGCACAUCAUAAAUCAAUAAUGUUAAAUUAAUUAAAGAAAUAAAAUAAAUAUUAAAAAAUAUACAUCGUCAACUUAUACAUACACAAACAUAUAUAUAUAUAUACAUAUAGCUCACUUGUUUCUCAAUCUAAUAUAUGUACUGUAUAAGCGUAGCAUUCAUAAGAGAGUGUGUAUUAAGUUGUUUUCCGUUUAAAUGAAACUGUUCUUCAGCACUUGUAUUGUAAUCGUAAUACUGACAUAUGUAUGUAGCUCAUGAAGUUGUAAGCUCCUCCAAACUUCAAAAAGAAAAAUUAAAACAAUUUUUAUUACUACA